AUGCCGCAUCACUCAACUCCAAAACCGACUCCACAACAUCAAUUACCCAGACAGCGUCAUUACAGAAAACGCACCUCCUUCAUUUGCCACAAUAACCUUGAGGUUCUCUCCGUCCUCUCUUCCCUGCGCUUCUCUCAUGACACUUCCGCUGCCGCUUUGCAACCACCAAUGCACCGCAGCACAGCAGAAGUCGCGUUACUCCAAACACCCACGCGCCUCCUCCCAGGUGUACCCUUGUAUCCAUCAACUGCAUCUGCGACGUCUCAAACGCCAUGUCGACGCACCCAUCCUUUGACAACCUGCCCUGCCACUUUCCUCCAGCGUCUACCGCUACAGUCUCAUCACACCCCAACAAAAAUCACUGCACCCGCAUCCCACAUACCAACCAUUCAACAUCUGCAACAGCCCUCAUUUCCCACGCAUUCGCCGACCCCUUCUCGCAACCAAAUGCCGCAUCACCCAACACCAAAACCGACUCCACAACAUCAAUACCCAGACAGCGUCAUUACAGAAAACGCACCUCCUUCAUCUGCAAUAAUACCCCUCGACAGUCUCUCCGUCCUCUCUUCCCUGCGCUUCUCUCAUGACACUUCCGCUGCCGCUUUGCAACCACCAAUGCACCGCAGCACAGCAGAAGUCGCGUUACUCCAAACACCCACGCGCCUCCUCCCAGGUCUACCCUUCUAUCCAUCAACUGCAUCUGCGACGUCUCAAACGCCAUGUCGACGCACCCAUCCUUUGACAACCUGCCCUGCCACUUUCCUCCAGCGUCUACCGCUACAGUCUCAUCACACCCCAACAAAAAUCACUGCACCCGCAUCCCACAUACCAACCAUUCAACAUCUGAAACAGCCCUCAUAUCCCACGCAUUCGCCGACUCCUUCUCGCAACCAAAUGCCACAUCACUCAACUCCAAAACCGACUCCACAACAUCAAUUACCCAGACAGCGUCAUUAA